ACUAAUUUCAACUAUCGGUCACGAGGAAACAACCUCACCUAACCAGCGAUAAUCAUGAGAUUCUGGUUCGUCUUACUACUCGGUGCACUAUUGUCUGGCCAGUGCAUUUCCAGCGACGAUGCGUACAAGCAAUUGGAAAGUUGUGGUGUUAAGUUGUUCAGCUUCAUUAUGACACGACUUCAGAAACAGAUUGAAGAGUAUACUGCGUGUCAACAGCUAAGUGCUGACAAUUCCAAUUAUAACUGCAGCGAAAGUAUUCAACGUGCGAUCGUCGACAUGCAACACGAGCUGCUGAGCUACCUCGAUUGUACCAAGGAUAUACGAUAACUAGUUCCAUGAUGUCAGUAAUGGUUGAAAAACAAUAAAUAAUCUGAAUAAAACUAGCAUGUGUUAUAAAUUAAAUAUAAGGGAUUGUUUUUUUCCACACAACGCUUUGUAAUUAUAAUUUGCUUCUAAUAUCCUCUUAAAAAUACAAACACUAAAGGCAUUAGGCC